AUGUCUGAGACAAGAGACAGCCGAUCCGCCAUACUAGUAAAUAGGAUUCUUGGCAAAGAAGGCAUCUUAGAGCAAUUUCGGCUUACGAGAUAUUACGAGAAACCUUUUCAGACAAGAAGGCGAAUCAACCAUGAAAAAUGUAAAGCAAUUUAUAAUGAAGAUAUGGAAAGGAAGAUCCAAUUUGUACUAAGAAAAAACCGUCAUGAGCCGUUUCCUGGAUGUCAC